GGCGACUAUCGCAUUGUGAAACCUUCGCGGAAAGUCUCACCUCUGGAAAGAACACGGGAUGCCAAUAGCCCCCGAGCGCUAGAUCAUCAUGCCCGACGGUGACUAAUCUCUCGAAGCUUCAUGGCGGCCGUCUGGCUCGCUCUUGGCCGUCGAUAUCCGUCGAUCGAGUCUCACCCGAACCCCAGGACUCACACACACAUGGCACCGUAUCACUUGUUGGUAUCAUUUGCUCACUUGCUUCAUAAUCUGUGAUGAUCAUCACGAUCUACAGCUCCUCGCCGACUCACGAUCCGCCCAAAUACAUACGGCUACGUAUUGCUGGGGAUCAUUCAGCGAUGGCAGCGGAACCGAGCUCGAGCUCGUUAUACAAGGAAGCGCACAACGACACAUUCGUGGUCAGGCAGUUAGCUUGCGUCUCUUGUAGAGCUGCCAAGGUCAAGUGCAAGCCUUUGCAGGAUGAUCCGCAGCGAAACAGCGGCGAUCCCUGCAUGCGAUGCGUGAAACAUGGCCUGCGAUGCCGAUACCCAGCCCGUAAGAAGAGAGGAGAAAGAGCCGAUGUCAGUGCUGAACGGCAAGCCUUGAGUGACAGGCAAGAAUCGUCGUCGAACUCGAAUGUUCCCCUACCAUCGGCCAGUCCAGGACCAAGUCACUUUCCCGGCCAGUCGGGGUUUGGACCUCUCACCUCGAACCAUCCAUUGUUAGGGCAGUACAGCUUUCCUAACCCCAACAAUGAGGCAUCCUCGUCCCUUCAGACUCCCCCCCUACAUGAUCUCUUCUCCAUGUUCGAUCCACGCAAUCUCAACUCCAAUACCGUCAACAACAAUGCUCAUCCGCGAGCAUUGACCGCGGCCCAUCAACCGUCUUUCCUGCCCGUUCGACCUUCCUCUUCACCAGGCUCAGACUCGCUCGGACAGAUGGGCAACUUGGCUUCCGGGAGCUCCCAUACACCAUCUGUUAGACCCCGAUCGCGACCUCGAGCGACGAUGAGCUUUCAGCAAGAGGUGCAAGAGAUCAAGGACGAUCUGGGGAUCCCGCCGACAAGAGACGUGUCGAGAAACGCGUCACCCGAGCGGGAAGACGGGAUACGGUACACACUAUCGCCGCCAUCUCCAGGCCUUGGGACCAGUCGGGACGAAGCUUUGCAAAUGUUUUGGCAGGAUGGGCAGGUGUCACAGGCGAUGCCACUACCUAUCAUCCCCGGACCGGAUUUGCCAGGCUUAUUGACGGCAGAGGAAGUAGCCUAUCUGUUUGAAAGAUUCUUUGAAUAUCACAACGGUUGCAUCGGACUUCUAGAUCCGGCCCUUCACACGCCGGCCUUUUGUUCUUCUACAUCUCCUCUCCUCUUUCAUGCCAUCCUCGCCGUAACCGCCGGUACAUUCCGAUUGGAUAAAUACGUAGAAUUAUGGGAACGGACCAAAUCCAUGAUAAGUCUGGCCUUUGGGGCGGCAGAAGAGUCGGUAGAGUUAUGCCAGGCGAUCAGCCUGGUCAACAAUUGGAACGAUGUCGAAGAUAAGAGCGGGUCUCUGAGGUAUGGCUUUGCAGUCAGAAUCGCAUACCAGCUCGGGCUGAACAGACCUCCCGUGCGACCCCUUCCAUCCGACGAGAUGGAGGCGAGGCUAGAACUCAAUAGGGAAAGAACAUGGAUGCAUCUAAGCCUCUUCGAGUGCUUAGUGAAUGGCAUGUACGGAGGAAUGCCUUCUAUGAUCCAACCGGAAUCAGCUGCCAAGAUUGAGGCUUGGCAUAUGGACCACCCGCAGUACCAAUGUCCAUCCGAUGUUGUUCUCAUUGCCAGUGCCGGCUUAGUACCGGUCUUAGGCGAUGUCCUUUCGCUACAAGGGGAAGCGAAACCCGACUGGUUGCAGCGCAAGGAGAGGUUAGAGAAGGCGCGACCGUUGCGGUACGAGUGGUCGAUGAUCUGGCUCGGGCGAAAGCCCCUCGGUACUUCGCUGCUCCAUGCGACUCGCUCCUUCAUGAGCUGGGCGGAAAAGGCUAUCGCCCGUGAUAUUACCAAUGUCGCUCGACUCACCGCCAACGACGAGGAAGGAGUGGAAACAUUGUGGAACGAUAUCUUUGCGGCGAUAGACUCCAUCCGACAGAUUGCGAUUGACACGUCACCGCAAGGGUUACUCUUCUGGGGCAUGAAUUCUGUGCCUCUCCAUGUAUCCAAAUGUGGAUUGCUCUUGACAAAGCACAUCGCUUCUUUGACUCCAGCAACUGCCAAAGGUGUCAUGGCCAUUUUCGAGGAUAUUUAUCAGGCUUCGUCGAUCGGCGCAACGGCGGGAAGUCGACGACUGUAUCUCAAGAAACUAUUUGGAAGCUUGCUCAGGAUUUGUACAAGGCGAUUGGCAGCAGCCAGGGCGGUUUGCGAGGGCGGUGAGGGCGACAAUGGCGUCAUGGUGGACCCAGUGAUCAUAGCUGCAUACAAUCAGCUCCUCCCUUGGUCAGACGACGGGACGUCUAUGGAAUUGCAGUCUGCUCAGGGAUCAGAGGACCAAAGGCAACUGGAGGCGUUCAUCGAUGACUAUGUGAUGCAGUGAGUGAGACAAGCUUUACUCGAGUCGCAUUCGAGCUGAUUAUCAUCUAGCAGAUUCUCUAACGAGCACAAGGGCUCAUUCUACUCGGGGACCAGCGUCAGUCGAGCUGAUACGCUACAGGGUGGAUCGUUCUCGCAUCAGCAUCAGUAUCAGCAUCAAUGAAAGAUGAAAACGCUCGACAUUAUACACUGGACGUGCAGCUGGUCGAAGGCGCGUUACAAUUUGGGAUAUCUUCUGGGGAAGGUCCUAUCAUCAUCUGUAUGUCUAUCGGUGACAAGACUGUCAGAAGCGAGGUAGUGCUAGCCAAGCUUGAAAGCUACUAUAUAUCGCAUGCAAUUACGUGGAAUAUCGAUCGUAGCCGAA